CGUAUAAAAAAGUAUAAGUACACAUUAACUCGGUUUCACUUUAGUUUCGAUAUUUUUGGUUAAGGCACAUGACGUUUAAUGUGACAAUCACUUUACAUUCAUAAUAAUGGGUUUCAAAAGUAUACACAAAUAUAUAAUAACAAAUACAAGCUUAAGAAAUAAUUUUUGGACAGAUGAUAAAUACUCAUCGCUUUAUUGGAUAAGCGUAUUAAUUGGAUCUGGUGCGUUAUGUGUAUUUUUGUCGUACGAUAUAGUCUUGAAAUGGUACGAUUCUCCAGUGAAUAGAUUUAGUAUUAACGAACCACGGCACAUAUCUGAAAAUCCAUUUCCUGCAAUAACAAUUUGUCACAAUGAUCCCAUUAGUUCAAACACAAUGAACUUAGCCUCUGUACUGAAUUGGGAGCGACAAAAUAAAACCGACGAAGAAUGGCAGACACUGAACGUAGUAUAUGAAAUGUGUCAAUGGAAACAUAACAUUUUUAAACUAGAAAAUAUAAAUCCCAACAUCGUCUAUAAAGUAGUGAAAGAACUUUCAACCAAAUGCGAAGAUACUAUAAAACAAAUUCGAUGGAAAGAUAAAAUCAUUGAUCAUCCUUGCGAAAUCAUGCAGCCUAUAUUUUUAUUAACUAAUUUAUGUUUCAGUUUUAAUGCUCUACCAUACCAUGAUAUGUAUAGACACAUUCCAUACAAAUUACAGGAUACACUUCAAACAGGUAAAAAAUGGUCAAAUUUAAAGAGUAACUGGAAUUUGGAUGAUGGUUACAGAGAUAAUAAUUUAACAUCAAAUAUACCAUGGAAUAUGAAAUCGACAACAUAUUGGAAUACUGUUGAAAUUAUAUUGGCUCAAAAAGAUGCAUUUUAUGGUUGCUCGAGUAAACAAGGUUUUACAGUCUAUUUUCAUAGUCCAUCAGAUGUCCCGGACUAUUCACAUUCUUCCUUAAAACUUUCAAAAAAUAGUCAUAGCUUUGUUCAAAUAUCAACUUUUUUGUCGUUGACAGAUGAUGGUUUAAAAAGUUGGACACCUGAAAAACGAGGAUGUUAUUAUUUGAACGAAAAGUGGCUAAAGUACAACACAAUUUAUUCAUAUAUAAAUUGUUAUGUUGAAUGUCAGGUGAAUUAUACUGAGCAUUUGUGUGGUUGUGCUCCGAUGUUCAGAAUAAACAGUUCUUUACCCGUGUGUGGACCAAAAUCGAAAGAUUGCCUAGCAAAUGCAGCAAUUCAUGUACAGAGAGCAUACCAUACAUGCAAAUGUCUACCAUCUUGUACAGACAUUGAUUACGAAUUAUCUUAUUCGACGGUACCUAAAAAUUUCAGCUACAUAAAAGAAUCAUUUACGUUUUUGGACAACUUAACUGACAGCAAUAGUUUGGCCAGUAUUGAAGCCACAGUUAAUUUGGAGCACACGUGGCCUUUGAGACGAAAUGCUGAAGAUACUAAUAUAGGCUACAUAGGUAAAAUUGCUGGAAUGACAAAUUUGUGCCGUGGAGUGAGUCUGAUUUCAUCAUUGGAAGCUUUUUAUUUCUUAUUUAUCAAUCCUUUUUUUCGCUAAAAAAAUUAUUUAUUUUAUACAUAAUAAUUAAUUAAAUAAAGUUUAUGGUUAUAUUAAAGAUAAAGCUAUAUAAGAUUUAAGAUAAAUACAUUAAAUACAUUAAAUACCAACAUGUAAUAUAUUAUGCUAAUUAAUAUAAUUAUACUAAUUAGUAGUUUAUAUUAUAAUAUUUAUUUAUGUUUAG